AUGGGGGAUUCUCUGGGGUUCUGCGUACCUUUGCAGCUCGGGCGCUUGUUCUCUCUCCGACCCUGGGUACAUACGGGUGACGAGACCAACGCAGUCAACCGGCCGUCACCACUGUCAUCUGUGAUUGGUGACGAUCCACUCGAUGCAAAAAUACUCACGGCCAUCGCGAACCUGAACAACCACAUUAUGGAGGGCACAUCUACGAAGGAGUUGAAUAGGCUGAAAGCGAAUCAUGUGUCCCACUUUCAGAGCUCUGAUCUGUAUCGCCGAGUCAUGACGUUACUAGAAUCGUAUCGGUAUCGACAACAUGUCCGACGAGCAGGAUUCUAUAGAAUCGCCGCAGACACCCGAAGACGUGCGGUAGCCCUUUGA